CGCGGGGACCAUGGAGCAGCCCGGCGAAACCAUGGCCGAACGCAAGGCCAGGCUCAAGGCUUUGCGGCAGGCGAAGGAGGCGGCGGAGGGGGGCGCGCCCGCGGAGGAGACGAAGGACGGGGGCGAAGAGCCGCCCGUCCUCAAGUUCCGCAACUACCUGCCCAAGGACGAGGUGCUCGGCGAGGCCGUGAUGAAGGCGACGAAAGCGCCGGAGUUCGAGCCCGUGGAGGCCAAGCCGCUGGCAGUGGCAGAGGAGGAUGACAUCUACGACCUGCUCCCGAAGCGGGAGAACAUCGACCUCAAGAAUCACGUGGAGCGAAAGAUGCAGAAACUCGAGCGCAAGACGCAGCGCGCGAUGAUCGAGCUCAUGCAAGCCGAGGAGGAACGCCGGAUGCGAGAGCGAGGGGAGGAGACGGAUUAGGAGGAGGAGGCGGCCGAGUGACGCUCCACGCCGCGCCGCGAGGGUCCGCAUAGUGUACAUCUAGCCAGGGGUUACUAUUCUUCGGGGUAACGUU